AGUCUAACUUAGCUGUAUAAAUUUCCUCGAAACAGUUUUAUUCGGGCACUUGAGUCAACAGCUCUGCAGUUGGGGUCCUGCGAGAAACAGGAAGAUAAGAUGACGGUUCAUAACUUGUACAUAUUUGACCGCAAUGGAAACUGUUUGUAUUACAACGAGUGGAACCGCAAGAAGCAGGCGGGCAUCUCCAAGGAGGAGGAGUUCAAGCUGAUGUACGGGAUGCUCUUCUCCAUCCGCUCCUUCGUCAGCAAGAUGUCUCCUCUGGACAUGAAGGAGGGGUUCCUGUCCUUUCAGACCAGUAAGUAUCGUCUUCAUUACUACGAGACACCGAGCGGCCUGAAGUUCGUCUUGAACACCGACCUGUCAGUGACCAACGCCAGGGACACACUGCAGCACAUCUACAGCAAUCUGUACGUGGAGCUAAUCGUGAAGAACCCGGUUUGUACAUCCACGCAGACCUUGGAGAGCGAGCUGUUCAGCAGCCGACUGGACGCCUUCAUCAGAGCACUGCCGUACUACAGCCCACGAGCCGCCUGAGCGUCACACACACACACACACACACACACGUUCACACUGAGAGUUUAAUGUAUUUAUUUUGUUCUUUCAUGUCCUUGGCAGGAAGUUUUGUCUUUUGAAUUAAACGUAUAUGAAGCCACUCUGACCUUUGACCUUUAAUAAAAGCAGCUCUGUGGAA